AUCCAACCUCAACUCCCAAACCCAACACAACGCCCCAAAAAUGGCAACCAAACGCCUCCUCCCCCUCUCCCUCCGCCUCCCAAAACCAUCCUCUCUCAUCUCACGAAAAUACCACACCCCCUCCCAACCCUCGCCCUCACCCUUCCCCGCCCUCGAAACCGCUAUCCUCACCUCCUCCCUCCCACACAUCCCCGAACACGGAUUCACACCAACGACCCUCCGCCUAGGCGCCCACGCACAAGGCUACAUCCCCGCAUCACAGAAUCUAUUCCCGCAAGGCGCCUUCGCACUCGUGCAUUUCCACCUGUGGCGACAGCGAGAGGCAUUGAAGUCGUGCGUGGUAGUGAAAGAUGCGGGGAAGGGCGUAGGUGUAGGAAGGAAAGUGAAGGAGUUGACUUGGGAGCGGUUACUAGGGAAUCGGGAGGUGAUUCAUCGGUGGCAGGAGGUUUGUAUUCCUACUUUACUAUAUCUCAUUCAAUCACAAUCCCAAUUCACAUCCUCAAAUCUGAAAGCUAACGCCCCACAGGCACUGGCGCUCACACCCCUCCCCUCCAACCUGCCCACCGCCCUCCAAGAACUCCACGCUCUCUCAGACGAAAUCUGGUACCUGGCAGGCGACACAUCCGUCGACACAUCCUGGUACACGAAGCGCGCAACGCUAUCUACAAUCUAUGCUGCAACCGAGCUCUUCAUGACGACGGAUAAAUCCUCUGAUUUCAAAGAUACGAGCCAGUUUUUAGAUCGGAGGUUUGAGGAUAGUAGGGUGCUGGGGGAGAUGGUGGGAAGUGUGGGGGAGUGGGUGGGUUAUAAUGCGAGGGCGGGGUUGAAUGUUUUGAGGUCGAGGGGGGUGAGGAUCUAG